AUGGAGGAUAACCCUGGAGACAAGGAAAUGUGUUCAGAUAGAUUUGGCGGAGUGGAACGGAAGAAUGGGGACCACCUGAUUUCAUCUUGUGCCAAGGAGGGCAACACAAAGCAGCAGUGUCUCCUAUGGAGCCUGGCCCAGGCGGGGCACGGGGACGGAGAACCCUGUGCAAACCCACAGAUCGUUCUCUAUCGCUUCCACUUCACACUGGGAAAUACAGUCAAAACUCCUGCCGCAGCCCUUUGCCCAACUUCUUUCAGAGGUGUCCUGGGACAGGGACCGUUUGGAGAUGGCUGUUGCCAGGACAACAGAAACCAAAUACCAGGCAGAAGUGUCACUGUUUCUGAGGAUGUGGAGCGUGGGUCAACUGAGUACAAUAAAGAUCCCAGAAAGCCUCUGCGAGUCCAGCCCUGUCCAGGUCAGCCCCUGAACCCACAUUUUCAGGCUGAGGAAGCAAAACUUCAGCGCGGAUCAAACUCGGUGAGGGCGCGCCCCCUGGUGGCAAAAAGAACCGUUGUGGGCAGCGACUCCUCUGGAGAGAAUGGAACUGAGCGGAGGUGUGGUUUAGGGGCCUUCUCAGCGGUACAUAUUCGUGAUGUAACCAUCAAACACCAGGCGGUUGCCAUGGGAACCACGGAGGGAGGGGGUGGUCGGCCAGAAUUCUUGAUGCGCUUAGAAUGUGUCUUUUUCCGGUCCUCUGCUCUUCGCAAGCACCGCUCCUGCCCUUGGUCCCCCGCCCAUUCUGUAGUUGCUCAUCAUUCUCUUGUCCCCUCGAUUCUCCCUUUCUCCACUCCAGGUCGCCAUCUUGGACCAAGCAUCAAGAUGGCGCCCCCGGUCUGGCGAGGCUGCGCGCGCAUGUACUCGGGCCCGAGAGGGUGGGGCGGUGUCUUCAAGACGUCGCCCCGCCCCCGGUCCCGCUCCGCCCCCGGUCUCGCUCCGCCUUCCUCCCUCCCCGCGAACCCGGAAGUGGAGGAGGAGGCGCGGCGGCAGUGGCUGAGUAGGCAGACGCUGGCUGAUCCGUUCCCCGGAGCGUGUCUGGGGUUGGGGGCGGGGGGCGGGGCUGAGCGGCCUGGGCAGCCUGGCCUGGACGGGGCGGGGGAGGCCAUGGCCUCGGCAGAGUUGCAAGGGAAGUACCAGAAGCUGGCUCAGGAGUACUCGAAGCUUCGGGCUCAGAAUCAGGUACUGAAAAAAGGUGUUGUGGAUGAACAGGCAAAUUCUGCUGCUUUAAAGGAACAGCUGAAAAUGAAGGAUCAGUCAUUGAGAAAACUACAACAGGAAAUGGACAGUUUGACAUUUCGAAAUCUGCAGCUUGCCAAGAGGGUAGAACUACUUCAAGAUGAACUAGCUCUAAGUGAACCCCGAGGCAAGAAAAACAAGAAAAGUGGAGAAUCUUCUCAGUUGAGUCAGGAGCAGAAGAGUGUCUUUGAUGAAGAUCUGCAAAAGAAGAUAGAAGAAAAUGAACGGUUGCAUAUACAAUUUUUUGAAGCUGAUGAGCAGCACAAGCACGUGGAAGCAGAGCUGAGGAGUCGGCUGGCCGCUCUGGAGACAGACGCGGCCCAGCACCAAGCUGUGGUUGAUGGCUUGACCCGGAAGUACAUGGAAACCAUUGAGAAACUGCAGAAUGACAAGGCUAAACUAGAAGUAAAAUCUCAGACUCUGGACAAGGAGGCCAAGGAAUGUCGACUUAGAACAGAAGAAUGUCAAUUACAGUUAAAGAAUCUUCAUGAAGAUUUGUCAGGUAGAUUAGAGGAAUCCUUGUCAAUCAUCAAUGAAAAAGUACCUUUUAAUGAUACAAAAUAUAGCCAGUAUAAUGCUCUGAACGUUCCACUCCACAAUAGGAGACAUCAGCUGAAGAUGCGGGAUAUUGCUGGGCAGGCCCUGGCUUUUGUUCAAGAUCUUGUGACAGCUCUUCUGAACUUUCACACUUAUACGGAACAGAGGAUUCAGAUUUUUCCUGUUGAUUCUGCCAUUGACACUAUAUCUCCAUUGAAUCAGAAGUUCUCACAAUACCUUCAUGAAAAUGCAUCCUACGUCCGCCCUCUUGAGGAAGGAAUGCUUCAUUUAUUUGAAAGUAUUACUGAGGAUACUGUGACUGUCCUGGAGACAACUGUGAAAUUGAAAACUUUUUCAGAGCAUUUAACCUCCUACAUAUGUUUUCUUAGGAAGAUUCUUCCUUAUCAGUUAAAAAGUUUAGAAGAAGAAUGUGAAUCUUCUCUUUGCACAUCUGCAUUAAGAGCCAGGAAUCUAGAGCUAUCCCAGGACAUGAAAAAGAUGACAACUGUGUUUGAGAAGCUGCAGACUUAUAUUGCUCUUCUCGCCUUGCCAAGUACAGAGCCAGAUGGACUCCUUCAGACAAACUACAGUUCUGUCUUAACAAAUGUUGGUGCUGCUCUGCGUGGAUUUCAUGAUGUCAUGAAAGAUAUUUCUAAACAUUAUAGUCAAAAAGCUACUAUAGAGCAUGAACUUCCAACAGCAACACAGAAACUGAUAACAACUAAUGACUGUAUCCUGUCAUCAGUAGUGGCAUUAACGAAUGGAGCAGGAAAGAUAGCAUCUUUCUUCAGCAACAAUGUGGACUACUUCAUUGCUUCACUGAGCUAUGGGCCUAAGGCAGCGAGUGGAUUCAUUAGUCCUGUAUCAGCCGAAUGCAUGCUACAGUACAAGAAAAAAGCUGCUGCUUAUAUGAAGGCCUUGAGAAAGCCCCUCUUGGAGUCUGUGCCCUAUGAAGAAGCACUGGCAAACCGCCGGGUUCUUCUCAGCUCUACUGAAAGUCGAGAAGGCCUUGCCCAACAGGUUCAGCAGAGUUUGGAAAAGAUUUCUAAACUGGAGCAGGAAAAAGAACAUUGGAUGUUGGAAGCACAACUAGCCAAAAUCAAGCUAGAGAAAGAAAACCAGCGAAUUGCAGAUAAGCUGAAGAGUACAAGUAGUGGGCAGUUGGUUGGGCUGGCCCAGGAAAACACUGCCGUAUUGAAUGCUACUGGCCAGGAUGAAGCUGCAGCCAUGGCUGUGCUGGAGGCUGUUCAGAGUACCAGUCUGAUUGGGAUUUUAACCAGAACAUCGGACAGUGAGGUUCCAGAUGUGGAAUCUCGUGAAGACUUAAUUAAAAAUCACUACAUGGCAAGGAUAGUGGAACUUACAUCUCAGCUGCAGCUGGCUGACAGUAAGUCAGUGCAUUUUUAUGCUGAGUGCCGAGCACUCUCUAAAAGACUGGCCUUGGCUGAAAAGUCUAAGGAGGCUUUGACAGAAGAGAUGAAACUUGCUAGUCAGAACAUCAGCAGACUUCAGGAUGAGCUGACAACUACCAAGAGGAGUUAUGAGGAUCAGUUAAGUAUGAUGAGUGACCACCUGUGCAGCAUGAAUGAGACAUUAUCUAAACAGAGAGAGGAGAUUGACACAUUAAAGAUGUCCAGUAAGGGAAAUUCAAAAAAGAACAAGAGUCGAUAGUUUUCAAAUAGCUGGUUGGUGACUGUUCUUUCCAGAGCUGCUACUGCUGCACAGAGCUGCAGGGCCAAGACUCCACGUCCAGUACUGGCGGACUCCAGGAAGCUGAAGUGUUGUUGGACCUAGUAAACUAGUCAGUGUUGUAAAUGGCCUUGAAACAUUUAAAAUAUAUUUGUAAUCAGUGAGGCAAAUACAGAAUUUGAUGUUGACAGUAAAAUGGAAAACAAUACACAUACUAUGGAUAUUGUAGGUUUCCUUAUGCUGUUUUUACUGUGCACUUUUUAAAAUUAGGUUUUAAUUUCAGUAUGU